GCCCCCGUUGAAGAACGAGCAAGGCGAAUGUCCAUGUGGCCGGCGGUGCCGUCCUUGAUUGGGUCGGCCGUGGACAACCCACUCUUCGACGAAAGAUGCCUCGAUUGUCGAAGCCAUCAAGAUGUGCGAAAAUUUCGAUCCAUUCGCAAUAUGAACGACAAACAAACUAGCAGUCGCCGAGCGUUGUGCCACCACGACGGGUGCGUCAAGUUUGCCCAGACGCGCGGCCUUUGCAAAGCGCACGGAGGCGGCACUCGAUGCAAAGUGGCGUCCUGUUCCAAGCUCGCUCAAAGCAAAGGCCAUUGCAUUGCUCAUGGGGGUGGGCGAAAAUGCCAAGUCGACGACUGCGAGAAGCUUGCCCAGAGCAAGGGGUACUGCAUUGCCCAUGGUGGUGGCCGAAAAUGCGCUGUCGACGGAUGUGAAAAGUUUGCUCAAAUCAAAGGCAAGUGCAAAGCCCACGCCAAGACUACGACCGACUCGUCCGCGCCGCCGCUCACUCACGCCAAAGUGCUGGCUCUGUCGUCCGCCUCCAUUAGCCUCAGUCCUCUGCGGGAAUAUGUGCAAAGGGCAGAGCCCACCACGUGCAGCUUUGCGGCGCUGUUUACCCCACUGAAACCACCGACAAACAAUGCGUAGGUGGAUAACUUAUAAGCUUUUGAAUGUGCACUCGAAUCGCCGUCUCUAUCAAACCGGUCG